CAGGUCAGUCCAUUGCUGUGGCCUUGUAGGAUUCCCUUCCGCCUGGUCUUCGCACCUGAGACGGGGGAGAUGCGGAGGCCGUCGGCUUCGUCGCCUCCGGCGAGGGGCCCGGCGUUGGCCGCCGCAGCCGCUGUCGUGCUCCUCCCGGCUAUUUUCCCCGCGCUGUUCUCCCCGCUCGGCCGCGCCUUCCCUUCCCUAUUCUCGGAGUGGAAUGCCCCUAAGCCAAUGCACGAGUCUCUUUUGAAUGAGUCUUUGCGAUGGACAAUACCAGAUGAACAAAAGAGAGAUCUCUGGACACCCUUGCCUGAUCAGGGGUGGAAACCAUGCAUAAGGCCAUCGAUUACUCGUGGAUUACCUUCCGAACCUAGUGGGUACAUACAAGUAUUUCUUGAUGGUGGCCUGAACCAGCAAAGAAUGGGGAUAUGUGACGCUGUUGCGGUUGCUAAGAUUCUGAAUGCUACUCUUGUGAUCCCACAUCUUGAAGUAAACCCUGUUUGGAAAGACUCAAGCUCAUUCGGAGAUAUUUUCAAUGUGGAUCACUUUAUCAACACCCUAAAAGGCGAGGUUUCAAUAGUGAGAACUCCACCAAAAGAAUAUUCGUGGAGCACAAGAGAGUUCUAUGGCACAGGAAUACGUGCUACAAGAAUAAAAACUGCACCUGUUCACGCCUCAGCUGAUUGGUAUAUAGAGAAUGUCAGUCCUAUCCUGCAAAGCUAUGGCAUUGCAGCCAUUGCCCCCUUUUCUCACCGCCUUGCAUUUGAUGAUUUGCCUGUGGACAUUCAACGUCUGCGCUGUAAAGUUAACUUUGAAGCCCUGGUUUUUGUGCCUUACAUUAUCUCACUGGGGAGGACCCUUGAGAAGCGCUUGAGAUCUCCAGUCCAGGGGCAUUCCACUGAAUUUGCUCAACAAGUUGUAGAAGAAAACACAGAUCAGGAUGGGAAGUACGCAGUUUUACAUCUCCGCUUCGAUAAGGACAUGGCUGCACAUUCUGCCUGUGACUUUGGCGGGGGUAGAGCUGAAAAAUUAGCUCUGGCUAAGUACAGGCAAGUUAUCUGGCAAGGGAGGGUAUUAAAUUCACAGUUAAGUGAUGAGGAGCUUCGAAACACAGGACGCUGCCCGUUGACUCCAGAAGAGAUUGGGUUGAUACUAGUAGCGCUUGGCUUUGACAGCACAACUCGAUUUUAUCUUGCCUCUCACAAGGUAUAUGGAGGGGAAGCUAGGAUCUCUAGCCUGCGCAAACUUUUCCCGCUGAUGGAAGACAAGAGGAGCCUUGCAUCGGCAGAUGAACUUGCUAAUGUUGAAGGGAAGGCUUCUGUGCUAGCAGCUCUUGACUACCAUAUCAGCAUGCACAGCGAUGUUUUCAUCUCUGCUUCUCCUGGCAAUAUGCAUAAUGCACUGCUGGCCCACCGGGCCUACAGGAAUUUGAAGACGAUAAGGCCAAACAUGACAUUGCUUGGCCACAUAUUUGUGAACAAGAGCAUGGAGUGGUCAGAGUUUCAGCAGGCUGUACAGGCAGGCCACAAAGGUAGAUACGGGCAGAUCCGGCUGAGGAAGCCGAAGCAGUCUAUCUACACUUAUCCUGCCCCAGAUUGUAUGUGCCAAGGGUAGAUUGCCAAGUUUCUGCAGUGCACCAACAAAAGAAAUGUGCUGAGUUACUUGCAGCUACUAAUUAGGAAAAGCUCAUGUGGAUACAUAUGUUAGUUCUGAAUUUCCAGUUGAAUCAGUUGGCUGCCUCUUCCAAUAGGAUCUUAAAUUUUAACCUAAAUUUACCCGUCCUGUCAUUGGCCCUUGAAGGACACUAAUCUUGUGCCGAUGCACAUUCCACACGACGAAGUUAUAGUUUUGUGACCGAUGUUGUAUAUCUGUGACUUGAUAUACUGGAUCCUUUUCUUUUUCUUCUUCUUUGAUUCCGCUGUUCUA